AUGGAGCAAAAGAAAAUCCAUGGAUCAUCAUCAACACAUGAUGAUAAUAAUAAUAAUGAUAGAUCUCUAUCCAUAGAGCAUAUUCCCCUCGACCUAAUGGCGGAGAUACUCUCAAGACAGCCAGCUAAAUCGAUUGGGAGGUCUCGCUCUGUCUCUAAGUUAUGGUCUUCCAUUACCACAACUCAAGGUUUCAUCAAGUCAUUCGCUGCUAGGUCAUCGGAAUCAUCACAGCCUUGUGCUCUGCUAAUCUUCAGCAAACGCGACAAGCUGUUUGUUUUCUCCUCUCCUCAAAAAGAGAGUUAUCAAUUUAAAAUCCCCCGUGAUGGUUUCCUUCAGCGCUACGAUUCCGUCCACGGCUUGGUUUACUUGGAAACUUCUACGCAGCUCAUGAUUUGGAAUCCAACCAUGAAACGCUUCUUCACUUUACCUGAACCUGAAGGCAGCGAGGGCAAAUACAUCACAGGAUCUUUGGGAUAUGAUCCCAUUGACUGUAAAUACAAAGCACUGUGCCAUCUUACAGGAGACAAGAUUGGGAUUCUUACAUUGGGAUCGCAGGAGUCAUGGAGAAUACUAUCCCAAGGCUUCCCAAGUCAUUCUCGACGCAUGUCAGAUUGUGUGAUAUGCAUUAAUGGAGUCAUAUACUAUCAAUGUUUUUCUGGUCUUUCUCUGGCUCAUGCCAUUAUGAGCUUUCAUGUCAGGUCUGAAAAGUUCCAUUUGAUAAAUUAUCCGUCCAGGGAUGGUUGCUUUUUCGUAUCUUAUGAGGGAAGACUAGCUUUGAUGCUAAGUUCCAAUGGCCACUCUGGUAUUGAAUUGUGGAUCUUGGUGAAUGCAGAGAAUCACGAAUGGGUAUACAAACACUUUCCUACACCUUUUCUUCGUCAGACAUUUUGGGUUUUGAGGGAUAUGAAGUUGAAAGGUGUUACUGACGAAGGUGAGUUUAUCUAUGUUUAUACAACAUUCUCCAUUUAUACACGUCGUGCGGACGUUAUUGACCUAAGUUCUGAUGAUUGGAGUGAGUUCAUAGUUAUAUAUUUUGAUCCGAAGAAAAACAGUUCAAGAGUAGUUAAUUUUCUAGGAAUUUCAAUUGGCGAUUUAAAGCGACUCCGUGUACUUGGAUCCGAACUUAUAGAAGGUUUAAGUGUUGUACCAAAUCACAUUGAGAGUCUCAUGUCAUUGUAA